AUGUCCCUCACGCCUAAGGAGCUGACGUGUCUCCUUAACGUGCUGUCUGAAGACGCCACACAGACGUCUUCGUUUGAGCAGUUGGCGGCGGCCUUCCACCACUACUUCAACAAACCCGACCACUACAAGAUCGGCAGCACCUUGGUGCUUCUUCUGCAACAGCAUGACCUGCUGCCCUCCCCCACCCAACGUCUGACAGCCAUGUACCUGCUGUAUGAGAUGUAUAAGACAGAACCCCUGGCAGCUAACCCCUUCGCACCUGUGUUCGCACACCUGCUCAUCAACUCACCUGGUGACGAGAAGACAGCCACCGCGCUCCCGCCCAUCUCUAACUCCGAGAGAGUUUUUUUGUCACAGGUAAUCACGUCCACAGCGAGAGAGUUGUUGAAGAAGAGUCCCCGUCAGAUUGUCACCAUGGACGUGGGGAACGCCCCGCCCGCCGAUCUGACAGGACUACAGCUGGCUCUGGCCGAGAGACAGUCAGAACUGCCUCACCUCAGCAAGGCCGGCCUCCCCUGUGUUAUAGCUGACCCCGACCCUGACUCAUCCCAAGCCUCCUUCGAGUUCGACCUCUCCCUAGCCAACCAGGUCACAGAGAACCUCAUCACAGGCCAGCGGCCGCCCGCGCAGAGCGACUUCCGACCAGAGUUUGUCCGUUUACCGCCGCCGCUUCACGUUUGCGAGGACGAACUAGCGUGGUUAAACCCUACAGAUGUGGAACACACCGUGGCGUGGGACUCUUCCAUGUGUGUCAGUAACACCAGCAGUAUAGAAGUCAAGAAACUCAUGGCAAAGGCUUUCAAAGGUCCCCUAACACUUCAACAACAACAGCAGGUUCUAAGUGAGCUGGAGACAGACCCAAAGUUAGUGUACCACAUCGGCCUGACUCCCACCAAACUGCCCGACCUGGUGGAGAACAAUCCGCUAGUGGCCAUUGAAGUGCUGCUGAAGCUCAUGCAGUCUAACCAGAUCACUGAGUACUUCUCUGUACUGGUCAACAUGGAGAUGUCUCUACACUCCAUGGAGGUGGUGAAUCGCCUGACCACAGCAGUAGACCUCCCGACAGAGUUUGUCCACCUGUACAUCUCCAACUGUAUCUCCACGUGUGAGAACAUCAAAGAUAAGUACAUGCAGAACCGGCUGGUGCGGCUGGUCUGUGUGUUCCUGCAGUCUCUCAUCAGGAACAAGAUCAUCAACGUGCAGGACCUGUUUAUUGAGGUGCAGGCGUUCUGUAUUGAGUUCAGCCGGAUCAGAGAAGCAGCUGGGCUGUUUAGACUGCUCAAGACUCUGGACAGCGGGGAGCAGGGGCCGACAGGGGCCAAGUAGUGGUGUAGUCUGUAAAAUAAUGGCUUAGUCUACCAACUUGUAGUUUAGUCCUUCUGAGAGGACUAAACUGGACUCAAACCCUAGAACAUGCAUAAAACAGGAAUACAUUGGCAUGUAAUGGUAAUAUAUUACAUGUACUUAUAAAGUUAAUAACAUGUGUAUUGGAUGAGCAGUAUCAGACAACAACAACAAUAAGGAAUCCCACUUUAUCAAAGACCUCAUUCCUCCUAGAAAUAUUUAGAGUUUUAGUGAAUUAUUUUUUAGUAAUUAUCGUGACUUUCUCCUGAUUCUGUCUAUGCAUUUUCCACUGUCUCUCACAAGGCAACAGAUUUGU